CGCCGCUGGGGCGCCGCCGGAGGCGGGGGCGGCCGAGGCGCUGCGGGCCUGGCGCGCGUCCCGGGCGGGGCAGGCCGUGCGCAAGAGCGCCGGGGAGCUGCACAGGAAGGCCGUGCGGGCGGUCGCCGGGGCCCUCCGCGCCAUGAAGACGCUGGAGGCGUGCGCGCGGCUGGUGCACUUCUUCGGCGUCACGGUGCGCACUGCCCGGGGCGAGGAGCUGCUGCGGUGCCCCAUCUGCCUCGAGGACGUGCCGCUGGCGCUGCGAUGCGUGCUUCCCUGCGCCCACCUGGGGUGCAACUCCUGCAUCGAGGAGGUGGUCCGCCGGGACGCGCGCUGCCCCGUCUGCCGGGCGCCGGCCACGGCGCGGCAGGUCAUGCGCUUGGAGGCCCACGAGGGCCUCGCCGGCGCCCCCGCGGGCGAGUGCGGCCGCUUCGGGUCGAAGAUCACGCGGCUGCUGGGGUUCCUGGAGGCGCUGCAAGAGCGAGAGCCGUCCGCGAAGGUGAUCCUCUUCAUACAGUGGGAGGACCUCAAGCGGAAGGUGGCUGGCGCGCUCGGGGAGACCAGCUUGGCCUUCGAGGAGCUGCGGGGCGGCGUCUUCGCCCGCAGGCGCACCAUCGAGCGCUUCCAGCACGAGGAGGGUGGCUGCCGCGUCCUGCUCCUGUCCUUGGAGGACUCUGCCUCCGGGACGAACCUUACCCGCGCCAACCACGUGGUAUUGUUCCACCCGGUCGUCUCCAGAACCCGGGAGGCGGCG